CUCUCUCUCUCUCUCUGCUUUUAUAGAAAUUUUUAAUCAUUUUUUGGGUUUGCUGGCCUUUUUUUGGGCGUUUUUUAAUUAUUUUUUUUCACUAAUUUGCCACCCCCUUCCUUGGUCUGCCACUAUAAUCAUCACAUCCAGUACACUAUUAUCUAUACGACCCAGCUACUGAUAUAUAAUUUUCCUUUCAUUUUCUCGCUAUCCCUAAGUAUAGAUAUAUAGAGAGAAGAGGGUUUGGAGGAAAAACCAUGUUUGCUUGCAUGGCGAGCUCCUAGAGAGAGAGAUAGAGAGAGAUUGGAAAGAGAUAUAUCUGAAUUGGGGUGCAGUGUUGCUCAGACAAGCAAUCCAUGGCUAGAUAGCGACUUGGAGAAUAACCCAUCAUCAUCAUCAUCAUCUCUUCACGAGAUUAUGCUUUUGCUACCCAAUGAACGAUGCCUUUCUGUGUCUGUAAUUCACUGCCACCUGCUAAUCUACAAAGCUGUGUGUUUAGUUGUGUCCAAAGCUUGGAUUCUCUAUUUCUGGGGCUGCCCUUAUUAGUUUUCUUGUUGUUUCUUUAAAGGUGCAAAGUGGGCACAUAUAGAAGGAUUCUAGUGGUAGAAAGAUAUCGAACAAAAACAAAGAAACCGUUUCUUGUUUUUUUUCUUGUUGUAGUUUUCUUGUUCACAGGCAUGUUCCCAGCAGCCAUGUCCAAUUCAACUUCUUUGUCUGAGGAUGCCAGUGUUUCUUCCGGUAAUAGAGUUCAGGACUUUUGUGGUUUAAACCCUGUGGUUUCCACCGUUUCUCCUCAGCAGCAACAGCAACCCAAGAUCAAGAAGAAGAGAAGCCUACCAGGAAACCCAGACCCAGAUGCCGAAGUGAUAGCAUUAUCUCCAAAGACCUUGCUAGCUACCAAUAGAUUUGUGUGUGAGAUCUGCAACAAAGGGUUUCAGAGAGAUCAGAAUCUUCAACUUCACAGGAGAGGCCAUAACCUUCCGUGGAAGCUGAAGCAACGAAACAGUAAAGAGAUCAAAAAGAGAGCCUAUGUUUGCCCAGAGCCAUCGUGUGUUCACCACCAUCCUUCAAGGGCUUUGGGUGACCUCACGGGUAUCAAGAAACACUAUUGCAGAAAACAUGGAGAGAAGAAAUGGAAGUGCGAAAAGUGUUCAAAGAUCUAUGCUGUUCAAUCAGAUUGGAAGGCUCACUCUAAAACCUGUGGAACUAGAGAGUACAGAUGUGACUGUGGAACCCUUUUCUCCAGGAAGGAUAGCUUCAUAACGCACAGGGCAUUCUGUGAUGCAUUAGCAGAAGAAAGUGCAAGACUCUCAGCUCACCAAUUAGUUUCCGCAAAUCCAACUGCCCAAACUCUCCUCCUACAAAAUCCACAACCCAACCCUUCUCUCCUCCCCCUCACUACCCACCACCAUCAUCAGCUCUCUCUCAACCCCUGGGACCCACCACCUCAAAACCCUAGCGAUCCUCCUCAAAACCCAGUUCAAAUCAAGCCUGAAACUCACCAGUUCCAGCUUGCACCCCUCUUCCAAGAACCGCCACUAUCCUUGCCAACCCACAAGGGUUUGAUGACCUCACCCUUCCAAAACCUAUCAAACCCUGCCGUAUCAGCAUCGUCGCACCACCUGUCAGCCACUGCACUGCUCCAAAAGGCUGCAACUGUAGGUGCAACUCAGUCGGUUGGUCUCAGUCACAUGACCCAAUUGGACAUGGGCGAGUUCAGGGCGGUGAGUCAGACCGCGGGUGACUCGGUGGGUCAGAAUCCCUGUCAGGGGUCUUACCUGGAUAAUCUGGCUGCGUGGCAGAAAAAUGACCGUUUGACAAGAGACUUUCUGGGUCUGAAAGGCGAAGGCCACGCUGCCAAUGGCAACGGAAACGUGGCGAACGGGAAUGGUGGAGUUAACGUUAGCAUUAAUAUGAGGGGAAUGCUAACGUAUACAGGGGGAGUAGGGUUGCAGCAAUACAGUGAGAGAGACCACACAAUGUCGAAACCCCGUGGCUUUGCAUACCCCCAGCAGCCUCCCCCAGCAUCGGAGACGUGGGGCGACUGCUAAAUGCAGGAAAGCUGUUAGAAAUGACAGAAAUACCCUCAGUCAUCUUCUCGCAUAAAAAAAAAGAAAGAGUUAGAAGAGUUAAAAAAGGACCGACUCGAUCUUUCUUGUUAUGUGACCCUCAUCUUUAAUUUAUGCUUCAUAAUGACAACAUAGUUUCUUUCGGACA